CUCUAACAAUACUUAUCGAGAUAGUUUUCUUCCGAACGUGUUUACGAGCAAAAUGUUAUCCGCUACAACAGAAGCACAAAAAGUCGAAAUUUCUCAGAGAAUUCAAGAAACAAUUUGUGAAGAUAGAAUUAGUGCGCUACCCGACGAUUUGUUAGUACGUAUCUUGUUGUUUAUUCCGACAAAAGAUGUAGCGGCCACCAUGAUUUUGUCGAAACGAUGGCGGAUUAUCUGGACAAUGGUGCCAAGACUUGAGUUCAAAGACAUCGAGACAAGUACUAAUGGUGAACAUGAGAUCAGCGUUUGGGGGUUUCUUGAGAAGUUUUUGCGACUCCACAAGGCACCUUCACUAGAAAGCUUGCGUAUCCAACUUGGUCAAAAUUGUCCUACUGAUGUUGAUGUUACAAAAUGGGUUUCAAACGCAGUCGAUGGUAACGUGCGCAAGUUACUGUUUGAUCUUAGGUGGUCUGCGAAACCUGUCAGCAUGCCAAACAGCCUUUACACUUGUAAAACGCUCAUUGAAUUGGAACUCUCUAAUAAGAUUCUCCUGGAUGUUCCUUCUUCAGUUUGCCUCCCAUCCGUUACAACGCUUUACCUUUGGAAGGUGCUGUAUAAAGAUGAAGCUUCUUUUGUUAAGCUUCUAUCAAGUUGUCCUGUUCUCAAAAAUUUGGAUGUGAUUCGAUGUUCAGAAGAUGAUGACAAUGUGAAAAGAUGCACUGUGAAAGUGCCUUCUCUCAAGAAGUUCAGCUACUUUAGUAAUAGGUCAUCAUCACUUGGCAAUGAUGUAGCUGAUGAUAUUGCUGGGUCAGUGGUCUUAGAUUGUCCAGCACUAAAGCAUCUCUGUCUUUUUGAUACUUCAAGAGACUCUUAUUGUAUCGGGAAUAUGCCUUACAUUGUUGAAGCAAAUAUUACCAUUUUUGGCUCCCCGAAUAAUAACUUUCUGAGAUAUCUUUCCGCGGCCACGACUCUAUACUUGGAAUUGAACCAUAGAAUGGCAGUGAUGUGUAAACCCGACAACUUCUCUCAGCUUGUAGAUCUUCUGAUAAGGCCAGAUGACACAGACUGGUUGGAACAACUUAUGCUUCUGCUAAAAAAUAAUCCUAAACUUAAAAGUCUUAGGAUCAGCUCUGAUUUCAAAAAUGUUCCACAAAAGUGGAACAAACCGGAUCAUGUUCCCGAAUGCUUGGCAUCCCAUCUUGAAUUAUUUGAGAUAUCAUAUAAAGGAAAAAAGGAAGAACAAGAAUUUGUGGCAUACAUCCUAGCAAACACAAAGUAUUUAAAGGAAGCGAAAAUCUUCCUAGAUAGCAAGAAUGGAAACAAGCAAAAGAAGAUGCGUGAAGAAUUGAAUUCUAUGUUUAAGGUUUCACCAUCAUGUCGAUUAGUUAUUAUCAACGAACAGGAUAGAUUCAUGAGUUUCUUUAACACUCCCUGA